UUGUGGACAAUGUGGCUGGCCUUGCUUGUGUUUCAGCUUGGCCUGGUCCUCCAUGGCGAUGCGCAGAAUAACUGCCUCUCACAUGUUACAUUCAGGGAGCCAGUGAACUCUGACAUUUCAGUGAAAUGUGGGACAAAGACAAUGGAGCUGAGCAUCCUGUUGUGUCCAGUGUACUAUGGAGGAUACAACGAAUCUCUGAUGUCUCUCAACGCACAAUACUUAAAGGCAGAGUGCCAUGGGAGAGCUGACUGGUCAGUCAAUCCACCCGUUUUAAAGUUCAGUUUCCCCAUAACUGAAGAAGGCAUUUCUGCCUGUUCAAACAGCAUGAAGAUCACGCAAGAAGUGGGCACCGGUCACUUCUCCGAUUAUUCCAGUGUUCAGUCUGUCAACAUUUCGGGAAUCAUCGUUUCUGUGGAUCCCAGCGCAGGCACUAUAACCUACCGCCAAGAGCUGAUGUACCUUUUCUCCUGUCGAUAUCCACUACAGUACCUGAUCAACAAUACAGAUUUGAGUGUGUCUGGGGUGAGCCUAGCAGUCAAGGACAAUAAUGGAAGUUUCAUUAGUACACUAAGCAUGCAGCUCUACGAGGAUGGAAACUAUUUAAAGCACCUGAAAAUACCUGAAGGGGGCCUGAAGCUGAAGACAAAGAUCUUCGUAGAAGUCAAGGCCACAAAUCUCACUGAGAGGUUCAACGUUCUGCUGGACCGAUGCUAUGCCACAACAAGCCCCUUCCCCAUUAACAGCACGUCUUACGAUCUUUUUGUAGGAUGUAAUCGAGAUGGGCAAACAAUGAUUAUAGCAAAUGGAGGAAAACAAGAAGCUCGUUUCUCCUUUGAGGCCUUCCGCUUUGUGGAGCACAAGAAUAUGACCGUGUCCGUCUUCUAUCUGCAUUGUGCCACGAGGCUCUGCGAGAAGGCCAUCUGCCCCUCCUUAUUGCCGAACUGUUCAGUGGUUGCGAGGACCAAACGAGAUGUUAAGUCCUCACAAGCAACCGGUGUAAGUGAUGUGGCCACAGUGAGCUCUGGUCCAAUCAUCACAAAAGUGGACAGCGGUAAGACAGCCUUGUCCACAGAUUCUUACAACAGAGAGAUCACGCAGAAGCCCUAUCGUGACACUCCUGUGGUCGGAGUGGCCAUCGCUGCCGGCGUAGUGGGCGUCAUCUGCGUCGCCAUGGUGGCGUUCUUGACCUUCCAGCUGCUUUCAAAUAGGCGUCAGGGCAAGGAGAAGGCGCUGUGGGGGGACAGCACAAAAGGAGCCAAGGGGGAGCUCAGCCAGUGACAUCCAAAGAUGGCACUCUGAGGAACACAUCACGGUCAUAUUCAUAGUUCAGCACAACAUGCAUUAUAUAUACCACUGCAUGAUAGGAAGCAUUUAUUAUUCUGCUUGAAGGCAUACAUUGUCUCAAAAGUACUGUCGGAACUAGAUGCUACGUACAUCUCUUCACCUGCACCCUAUAAUGGAAAACAAUUUAUUUUAAAUACUGUCCAAGAUUUCCAAGAUUAGCAGUAAUACAUUAGAGACUGCAACGUGCUUCUGUGGAUUGGGGCUUUACCGCUGUUAUUUUCAGUGCUGCCUUUGAAAUGGCAAAUACAAUAUACAGUAUGCUUCCAUUAAUAUCUUCAUUUUUAAGUGGUGUUUCAGAAUACACAUGGACAUGGGAUUUGUGGAAAAUAAAAUGUUUUAAUUUAAGGAACCAAAAAGAGAAACAUCCUAGUCAAUAGUUGUAUUCAUUCUGAUUUCAGCUGUGCAGCAGUCAACUGAUGUAGGAACGGUUAGAAACUAAAGCCUAGCUGCAAUUAUUUAAAAUGAGUUGUUUCUCUGGUUGCUAAGGCAACGCAACGGGUGUACGCAUUUUUCUUCUCUCUGCUUAACCUGCAACUUCGGUAUGGAGAACGCAAAAGCUAGUCACAUUAAGAAAAUUAGCACUCCCCCAACAUGCUUAAAAUUGUUGGGGGCUUUACUAAAAUGAGCACAUUCUGGGCCUCCAGGAUCAGAGAGGACCCAACCCUUCUCAAACGUUGCCCGAAUAGGGUUUUUUUUUUUUUUUUUUUUAAAAAAAUUGGCAAAUAUCAGAAAACCAUCUCAUUGCCAUUGCAGAAACCUAGUCCAUCGGGGUACAGAAAACAGGUUUUUCCUGGCCAUGUCAAUUGCGGAGCCACUUUAAAAAAAAAAAAUUCUUUAUUAACAUUUUCAUAACAAAUCGAUUGAUAACCUCUUUCCCAUCCCACAGUCAAACCGUAUUUCCAUUUUUAUUAUUUCCAGACUGCACUGAUGCAAAUUGCAGGAGCUCUGAAUUCCUUUCUGGCAGCAGCACAUGGAACAUGGGAGAAGGGAGACCAUCUUCCUAAGUCAGUGCACUCAGGCAGCGCCAAUACCAUUCUGGGAUUUGUACAGUGUACCACAGUCAACCCUAAACUGCACAUUCAGUUUCAAUAUGUACACAGCACUGCAGAAAAAGGAACAUACCAACUAUGUUUAGUCAUGCAAUACAUUCUGAACUGCAUUUAACAAAACAAAA